AGGGCGGGCGGGGCGCGUGUACUACCGGUCCCGGCGUGCCCCGCGCGGGCCGGAAGGAGCCGUCAGCAGCUGCCGGCAGUCAUGGCGGGGCAGAUGGCGGUACUGGGCUCUGCAGUUCUGGCUCUCCUGUUGGCCAGCUACCUGGCACAGCAGUACUUGCCCAUGCCCACCCCCAGAGUCCUUGGGAUUGACCUUGGCACCACUUACUGCUCCGUUGGUGUCUUCCUGCCUGGAAUAGGAGAGGUGAAGGUCAUUGCAGAUGAGAAUGGGCACAAAAGCAUCCCAAGUGUGGUCUCCUUCACAGACCAAGGGGUGUAUGUGGGAUAUGAUGCCCUGGAGCUGGCUGAUGCCAACCCUCAGAACACCAUAUAUGAUGCCAAGAGAUUCAUUGGGAAAAUCUUCACUUUGGAAGAACUGAAAAGUGAAAGCAGCAGGUAUCCCUUUAAGAUUUUCAACAACAACGGAUCAGCUGAAUUUUCCGUGACAGCUAAUGGAACCUUUCACGUCACUCCAGAGCAGAUUGGCUCCCAGCUGCUGCUGAAGCUGAAGAGAAUGGCAGAAGCCAACCUUGGCAUGCCCAUUUCCAAGGCAGUCAUGUCUGUGCCAGCAGAGUUUGAUGAAAGGCAACGGAAUGCUACCGUUAAGGCAGCUAACCUUGCAGGGCUGAGGGUUUUGCGAGUAAUCAGUGAGCCCACAGCUGCAGCUAUGGCUUAUGGACUCCACAAAGUUGAUGUGUUUAAUGUUCUGGUGGUGGAUUUGGGUGGAGGAACUUUGGAUGUGUCUCUGUUGAACAAGAUAGGAGGGAUGUUCUACACACGAGCCAUGGCAGGUAACAACAAACUUGGAGGACAGGAUUUCAAUCAGAGGUUGAUGCUGUAUUUGUAUGAUCACCUCCGUCAAACAUACGGUUCUCUGCCAACCCGAAAGGAAGAGAUUCACCGCCUCAGACAGGCUGUGGAAGCAGUUAAAUUAAAUCUGACUGUUCAUGAGGCAGCUACACUAAGUGUGGUGUUGACUCUGCCAGAAAGCAGGCUUACCAGAGAACUUCCAAAAAGUCAGGUAAAACCAAACAGUGCACUAAAAGGUGAGACUUCACAAAAAACAAGAGACCUGAACAGUCUUGGAGACACUUCCGAAGUAGAGAACGGCUUUGUUGAAGUUGUGUUUGAAAUGGAAAUCUCUCGGAAGCUGUUUGAGAGGUUAAAUGAAGACCUUUUUGAGAAGAUUCUUGUGCCCAUUGAACAAGUGUUGCAGGAUGGCCACGUAGACAAAGGAGAAGUGGAUGAAAUUGUGUUAGUCGGUGGCUCCACACGGAUUCCCCAAAUACGUAAAGUUAUUCGGGACUUCUUUGGGAAGGAACCCAACACCUCUGUAGAUCCUGACCUGGCAGUUGUGACAGGUGUAGCCAUCCAAGCAGGAAUUGUUGCGGGGUCCUGGCCUCUUCAAGUCAGUGCCGUAGAAAUCCCUAAUAAGAAUUUACGGAAGACUAAUUUUAACUGAAAAGAAACUCUUCCCAAUUGCAUUCCAGCUCUCCAAAAGUGUGCUCUGAAGGUGCACACUCAUCUGACUGGCAGUGGAGCCUAAUCUUAGCUGUAUUCUAUUUCAUUUUUAUCUGUUCCAGUGAGGUGUUACUGGACACCUACCUGUGUUAAAGCUUGAUGUUACUUUAAUGGUACAAACGAGUUCUGAAGUGUGCUGUAUUUACUUGGAGAUUGGCUAUUGGAUGAAAAUGCUAGUGAUGACACACCCACAUUUUCUUGCUAAAUUUUAUUAGCAAAUCCUGGAGCGGUGUGUGUUUAAAAUAUAAAGGGACUGUGACCAAAGGUUUGAGAUAAUGUGGUACUGUAGGUAUUCCCAGGUCCAAUACCUUAACUGUGAAGCAGUGUUAACGCACAGGGCACUGGCAGUGCUCAGCUUACAUUUAUUUAUUAGAUUGAGCCAUUUGAGCAUUUAAGCACCUUUCUAAAAGGCAUGUUGCAGCUUGAAUGAGACUUAGGCAUUCACUUGAUUCUUCUGCUGUUCAUAACAGCAUAAUGGUAUUGCUGAGGCUCUAUGGAGAAUUGUCUCAUGUUUCGGGGAACCUUAUUGAAAACGUAGCUCUUGCCAACAGUUACUUGAUGUGUCUCCAAGGCCUUAAUUCCUGAUCUGGCUGUGAUGGUUAACACACAGGUGCUGCUGUUCUACCACUGAUGUUCUCCACAGAGAUAUUCAUACCUCCCCUGCCUUGUUUUAAAACUGCAGUAAUUUUAUGUAUCUCAAAGCCACACUUGUCUGUCUACCCUUGAAUUUGACCAAUACAGAUUUCACUGUUGUUCAUCUGCAAGUGUGUGAUGUCUUUCCCCUGAUGGACCCCAAGCCAUCCUGUCCUCAGGGAGAAAGUGUGGGACAGAAAUGUGGGACUUCAUCCAUGGCCUGGAUGAAGUCUAGUUCCUGUAAUCCUAGUAAAUGAAAAUUGACCCAACUCCUUCAUACUUUUUAGCUCAUAUCUCUGGAUUAAGUUUUGUCAUGUCCUCACUCUAAACUGAACAGAGGUUGUAGCUGUCCUAUUGGGAAGAAAACAGUGUGUGUACCUUGGGGUUUGAGGUGGCACUUCUUAGGACUCUCUUUUAGACAAAUAGUUUGCUAUCCAGCUAUCUUGAAAAUGCAUGAGGAGAAAAAAAUUACUGAUCUGAAAAAAACUCCUAGUUGGUGACAGUUCUACUCUCUUUGGAGGAAUAAAGCAAUACUUAAAGGCAAGUUGAAUUCUUUAUCUGUGUAGAAAUUUCUAUGAUAAAAACAUGUCAUUCAGCCAAGAGUGACUUCAACACCCAUCAGCCCAGUCUUCACCAGGUAAGUUCUAGUAACAGGUGGUUCUAAGCAUUUUCUUGUCUUCUCCAGAAUAAUUUUGUUUGUAUUAAACCUUGCCAAAAGUUAA